CCGCUAUGUAUAGGGCUGGGAUCCAUCAAUAUUGAUGGUAAAGGGUCGGUCAUUGGGUGGCCAUCGAUAUACGAGAUCGAUAUCUAUAUCCAUGGAUCCCCAGAUCUAGAUCUAUAUAGAUCCUACCUUCAGUGAUCAGUACAGUGAUGGCUAGCCAGUUCAGGAAAAGAAGAAAACUUCCAGUUGUGGCGACUAGUAUUGUGAGAAAGAAGAGGUUCAAGAAAGUUAAGACACCCCUGGUCUAUCCUCCACUAGCUAGCCAAGCCUGUCGGGACAACUGUGAACAAAACAGUGAAGAUCAUGAUGAGUUGCAAGAUGGCAGUGAUCCAUGUGAUCUUGAUGGUGUGGGCUCAGAUGAUGACCAACCAAGUCAAGAUGGUGAUUUACCAUCUGCUCACUAUCGAAGACGUGAAAAGGCAGCAUUGGCAUGGGAUAAUCUCUUACCAUCUUUGAUCUCAUCAACUGUAGCAAUGAGUUGUAUACCCCUAGCAACUGUAUGUGAUAGGUGUAAAGUCGCGAUGGCGUCUGUGCGAUGUAAACAGUGUGGUCCAACUACAUUCUUAUGUGAUAGUUGUACGGUUAAUCACCACAGUGAUGAAGAUUUCCUUGGGAAUGCAUUUCAUACACCAGAGAAAUGGAUCAACAAUCGAUUCCAGCGGUUUAAGUACCCAUCUACAUUGAUUCUCAAAACCAUCCACGAAUGUCCUACUCAGUAUAAGAAAUAUGUUGUCUGUGUUGAUGCAACAGAUACUACCACUUCAAGUUACAAACACUUGAUGGUAUAUCUACUGAGCCAGAUGAUUUCUGAUGGGGAAAGAGGUGGCAUAGUUCAUAUCUCCUAUGAUGCAAUGUUUGGUCUUUGCCGAAAAAAAGCUGCUGGUGUAAGUAUCAGGAAUCCCCAUCACCAAGGAAGGUACUUUGUUGACCAAAAAGAAGUUGAUAAUUUCAUGAACUCUUACUCGAGCACAAAAAGAGCUUCUAAAAAGGGCUGUAAUGAUUUCCUUGCUGGGAGUAUUGUAAGAUCUCGACAGAGAUACGCAGCACUUGAUGAGACAGCAGUUGCUGGACUUGCAUGUAGACAUGAAUUCCCUCUGAAAUUUCUGAAUUUCAAGUUUGGAGAAAGAAUUGGCUACGCUGUGUACCUACUGGAUAAGCUUUUGGAACUCUAUUCCUGUGGUGACAUUUCCAUUUUGUUCCUUUAUGACAUUGGGUGUCUGUUGAAGCAUCAUCUUGAGGGAAAGAAGAACCCCCUUGUAGACCGAUUUAAAUUUGCAGUUCCUGUAUUCCAUUCUUAUGGGCAUGUAACACAGUGCCAGCUGGAAUUCAGCCCUCGUUUUCAAGAAGGUUUUGGACUAACUGAUGGUGAGGUUCUUGAGCGUUUAUGGAGCUAUAUGAGACGAUUUUCUAUAAUGACAAAAGAGAUGAGACCAUCCCACAGGAUAGAUGUUCUGAAUGAUGCUCUUGGUCAUUUUGCGUACCAGUCUUCAAUGAACCUAGGUGAUAUACUGGUUGAAAGAAUGAAAAAAGCUGUUAACUUAGCGCAGGGUACCUCAAGCGAUCUGGAAGCACUCAGGACUGAUUCUAGUGGCGACCCUGUAUUCACUUCGAAUGACAUUAAGCGUUGGUACGCUGAAGACAAAUCUAAAGGGUGCACAACUAGUGAAAACAUGCAAGUACACGUAGAAAACGUAUGGCAAGAAUCUUACGUUGAGCAUCUCCAGUCCUUCUGGGCAAUUCAGUGUGAUUUGCAAUCUUGUACUGAUGUGACUGCACUGUCACUAUUGUCACGAAAGUUGAUCAGAUUGAACCAUCAACUACAACACAUUGAAAAGGAAAAUCGUGUUUUAGAGAGAUGGAAAGCUGGUGAUAAAGUGUACAACGAAUUCCUUCAAAGCCGAAGCGUGAAACAAUGUUUAGUUCUCUUUGGUGAUAUCCAGUCCAUUGCUCGGCAACGAUGGUAUAUGCUGCUAGUUAAAGCCAAAUUCUCUGCUGGACAUAGCAUGACCCAUAAAAUAUCAGCAAAUAUCACUAACAUCACAAAACAACUAAAGAAGACGAUUACUGCGUACAAUAAAACAGCCUCUUCCUGUGAUUUAGAACAGGAAUCAUUGCCAUGCGAAAUCACUUGGGAGAUGGUAAAUAACAUUCAUUCACACCUUUGGGUUUCUUCAAGUUCAAGUGAUAUUGACAUCCCUGCUAAUGUUAGACGUGAUGCCAUGAGCAAGUAUUUUCUUCAGCAGCGAGCCAGAGAGGAAAUAGAUUUAAUAAAACUUGAAAUGAAACGUUUCAUUUCUAUGCUGCAUAAUCGGAUUGAUACACUCACUACUUCUCUACCAUUGACACCAUCAUAUGAGCAAACUGUUGAAGAAAUGGGGAAAAGUGGAAUGAUCAAUUCCCGCAUUCGUGAGCUUUGUGUUAAAGUACUCACACUCCAAAAAACUUUCGCACUGUAUUACGUAGACGUUAAUGAACUACCUAAUGAAGGCCACACUUGUGAUCUCUAUUCACCGGAUUUCUGAUGAAGAACAACAAACUGAUAUUGAUUAUUGGCACAGUGUUGCUGAAGAGCACUUCGAACGAACUGAGAGGUUACGAAAGCUUGAGGCUGAGGAACAGGAGUCAUGCGAUGAAUCAGUAGAUAGUGAUGACAUGAAUGUGUGAUUUUGAAUUUCUGUGUACAUUUGUUGAUAUCAUUGAUAAUAAUUAAUUUUUAAUUAUGUUAUGUGACAA